CAAUCUAGUUUCAGGUCCCUCAGUCAGCCGUUCGGUGUAGGAGAACAAACAUCUCUGUGAAAUUGUUCCCGAAAAUGUUGUUCUUUUGUUCGUAAAAAUGUUGUGUUAGCCAGUAGUGUAACGUUACGAUGAAAAUCGGUGCUAAAAUUACGUAACGUCUGUGUGUUUAGUGUGUACAUGGAGUUACAACCAGUUUGGAUACAGUUUGGACGUUACAGCGUCCUAUAACAAGGUGCCACACUAGGCCACUUGUCGCAGCCCCAGUUUGUCGCAGUCGUUGGCGAUGGCGACAUGUUGACCUGCUGUCCGAAAUGCCAGCACGUGCUACCGGGUGCGGCAGCGAUGCGGGAACGGGAACGGGACGAGGAACGGGAACGGAACGAGGAACAGUGUUGUGUCCCGUCGCCGGCCGCCAUUACGGUGCGCAUGCCGGGAUGGACGACGGGCGGAACGGUUGUCUUGCAGACUGUAGACCAAGGGGCAGGAGGCAUAAAAGUUCCCUCAGGCGAACCAUCUCCCUCGGCACCCCUAUCCUUCGUCCUGCCGACUACACCGACGGUCAUCCUGGCAGGACCUGGACAGUGGAGCUUCCUGGUUGCCCCCUCUCCUCCUCAACCUCCUUCUCCACCUGCUCCUCAACCUUCCCCUCCUUCUCCUCCUCAUCAACCUCCUCCUCCUUCUCCACCAUCUCCUCAACAACCUUCUCCUCCUCCUCUGAACCCUGUCCUCUUCACCAACAACUCCUCCAGACUGAUUCAAUCCGAUUUGGAUCUAAGGACGCUGACUGCUACCCAGACAGCGCUCAGGACGUCAGGCUGGUACUACGAGGGUCUCUCCUGGCAAGAAUCGGCCAACCUCCUCCUCCCCACACCACCGGGCACCUUCCUGGUGCGCGACUCCUCGGAUCCGCGCUACCUGUUCUCCCUCAGUGUGCAGACCGAGCGAGGUCCCACCUCUGUACGGCUCCACUAUGCCGACGGACAUUUUCGUCUCGACGCCGAAGCCAAAAUCAUUCCACUCAUGCCGCUUUUCGAUUGCGUCAUCAAAUUGGUCCAGUACUACACACAGAUGACGGACAGGAAGGGGUCCGGUGUGAACCAACUGACAAUGGAUGUGUCAAAUGUGAACCAACGGACAAUGGAUGUGUCAAAUGUGAACCAAAAUUUGUCCGGUGUGAACCAACGGACAAUGGGUGUGUCCGGUGUAAGUCAGAACUUGCCCGGUGUGAACCAGCCUUUGUCCAGUGUGAAGCAACGGACAAUGGAUGUGUCCGGUGUGAACCAACGGACAAUGAAUGUGUCAAAUAUGUACCAAAAUUUGUCCGAUGUGAACCAACGGACAAUGGAUGUGUCCGAUGUAAGUCAGCACUUGCCCGGUGUGAACCAGCCUUUGUCCAGUGUGAACCAUCACAUGUCAGGACUAAGUUCUCGGACAACAGAAAUGUUUGGAGUAAAUCCUCGGACAACAGACUCGUCCAGUGUGAACAAAAACUUUAUAAACUUUGUAACAAAUAUGUCCAGUGUGAUGGAUGUAAGUGCAAGACUGUCGGGGAGUGUUGCGAAUCAGUUCGGUGUGAACCAGCCCACAAACUUUUCCGGUGUGGGUCAACACUUGUCCGGUGUAAACCAACACUUGUCCGGUGUGAACCAACCCACAAACUUUGUUUCAAACUUGUCCGGUGUGAGUCAACCUUUGUCUGGCAUGAGUCACCAAUCCACAAACUUUGUUCCAAACUUGUCCAGUGUGAACCACCACUUGUCAAGCUUCAACCAGCCUCUUCCCAGCGUGAACCAGCCUUUCUCCGACGCUCCCAAACUCCAGAAGACUCGUCGAAAACGCUCGUCAGCUCGCGACCAAGUGUGGAUCGAUUCCUCGGGCCAGGUAUACUCGCACAUUCUCCUCACCACUCCGCUACGACAGAAAGACCGGUUUCCAUCGCUCAUGCAUCUGUCAAGACUCGCUGUAAACCAGUUGAAAUCCUCGUCAAAUGUUCCUCUACGUGGGGCCUUGGCCUUGCCUCAGUCACUACGAAUGUACCUUCAGGAUUAUCCCUAUUUAUGUUGAGAGGGGUAGAGAUUUUGUUUGUAAAUUAUUUGAUAUUAGCAAUAAUUUUCCAAUUAUCCCCACAUUAUUUGUCUUGAAAAUAGAGUUUUUGUUUGUAAAUCAUCUGAUACUACAGUGAGGUCCACGUUAUAAUGGCAGUGGAGAAAGAUGGGAGAAAACGUUGCUGAUCCUCUGUCUUGUCAAUGUCUUCUAUAGACGGUAGCUGAUACAGGUUUAUUGAUGUAUUAAUUAUCAACUGUUCAUUCUUGUUUAAAAUGAUCAAUUAUAUUUUAUCAAGCAAGAAA